AUGCCCUCUCGCCCUGUCCCCCUAUAUCUCAUCCUCAUCACCCUCCUCCUCCUCCUAACACCCCCGGUCUCAGCAGAUAAAGGCCCCUACAACCACUCUCUCCUCUACGCCCAAGGCCGCAUGGGCUCCUGGCCUACGGAGCUCUUCCAAUCCACUACGACGGUCGGACUGGCUGUGAAUUGGAUGCAGGAGGAUCCGCGCUGCAGGCCCAAACUAGCUCACAAUGGCAUGGGUGAUGGCGAAGGGGAGGAGUACUACUACCUACUCGCGCCGCGCGGAACCAGCGUGCACAAGCCCGGGCCGAUGAUUCUAGACUCCCAGGGACAUAUGGUGUGGACGAAGGCGUACGGGCAGACGUACAAUGUGAAUGUACAACGGUAUAAGGGGAGGGAGUAUUUGACGUUUUGGGUGGGGAGUGAUGGGGAUGGGGGACAUGGAGCCGGGGUUUAUUAUAUGCUAGACACCACCUACCAUGAAGCCUACAAAUUCACCGCCGCGCACGGCCUCCCCGGCGACCUGCACGAGUUCCACAUCACAGCCGACGACACUGUCCUCCUGACGAGCUACGACCGCCGCCGUGCCAAUCUCUCCGACAUUGAAUCCGGCCCCGCGGAGGGCUGGAUCUGGGAGGGCACGUUCCAGGAACUCGACAUCGAGACGGGCAGACUGCUCUUCGAGUGGCGGGCCUCGGAGCACUUUGCCUUCGCGGACGUCGUGCGCGGCCGCGAGGGCAACGGCGAGUCCGAGGACAAUCCCUGGGAUUUCUUUCAUAUCAACAGCGUCGAUAAGGACCGGCAAGGCAAUUUUCUGGUCUCGGCCCGCUAUGCGAACUGUCUGACGUAUAUCGAUGGGCGGACGGGUGAGAUUCUGUGGCGGUUGGGGGGGAAGCGGAAUGAUUUCGUAGACAUUUCGCCAUCAGUUGCAGCUGCUGCUGCAGCUAGUACAGAGAGGGGGACAGAGGCGAUAGGCCCGGCAACGAAUUUCACCUGGCAACACCACGCCCGCUUUCGCGAUAACGACACCGCCAUCACCCUCUUCGACAACGCCUCGCGCGGUGUCGGCGCCCCCGCCCUCCCCAGCCGCGGCCUCUACCUCGACCUCGACCAAACCCGCAGGACGGUCAGUCUGCGCCACGAGUACCGCACCACCCCCGAUAACCCCCUCAGCAGUCAAUCGCAGGGCAGCCUGCAGCUGCUGGAUAACGGCAACGUCCUGGUCGGGUAUGGCUGGAACGCCGCGUGGACCGAGUUCUCGCGCGCCGGCGAGCCGCUGUGUCGCGUGCAUUUCGGCCCCGAGCGCGAGUUUGGUCUCGGUAAUAUCCUCUCCUAUCGCGUCUUCAAGCACCCCUGGCACGGGCGGCCGACCACGCGUCCGGAUUUUGAGGUGUAUAGGUAUCGCGCGGCGGUGAGUUGGAAUGGGGCUACGGAGGUGGCGAGGUGGGGAUUGGAGGGGGCGAAUGGGAAUGGGGGUGAUGGGGGGCAUGAUGUCUUCGAGCGUAUCGUAAAUGUCUCGAAGGCGGGGUUCGAGACGGCUAUUUCUAUCCCCGAGGAUGCUGUUGCAUAUCGCUUCCUCCGGGUGGUGGCGCUGAAUGCCACGGGCCAUGUGCUUCGCGCGUCGAGGAUUGCGCGCUGGGAUCCUGCGGCCGAGGAGGCGGUUGUCGUCUCGGGGGCUGAGGAGGAAGAGGAGGAUGGUUGGGAUCUGGGUUCCGAGGAGCGCGUCGUCGAGCUCUGGACCGGGAAAGAGGAGAGUUCCGGCCUUUGA